AUGCACGACGCCGACCCCCCGCCGAGCACUCGCUUGCCGAGCAUGGCAGGCGCGGGCUCCUUCCCCGGCGACUGCGGGCGGCACAGCUCGGCCGACGACCACGGUGGGGACCCGCCGCGCGGCCACGACUGCGACUCCUGGGGGGUGGCGCUGGACCGUGGCAGGCCCGCCUCGGAAUCGUGCAGGUCCGAGCUCAGCGCCCCGCGGGGCGGAACGCGGUGCAGCUCCUACGCCUCGGAGUUCGACGCGGCCUCGCACCUCGGCGCUGCCCCGCCCCCGCCGCACCUCGGCGUGCCCUCGCCCCUGCGGUCGCAGCAGGACGUCCCAGUGCGCCCGGGGGCCGCGCCCUCCCGGUGCUUCUCCCGCGCGUCGGCCGCGGGCUCCGAGUACGGCGGCGCGGGGGGCCUCGGCGACCUCCCGGCGGCCUCCCCGCACCGUCCGGGUCCGUCGACGCCUGCCUACCAGGAGCACCGCCCCGCGAGCUCGGCGCCCUACGCCGACGCGCCCGCACACCAGAACAUCGGGGUCACGAGGCCGCCGCCAGGGGCCGCAGCGGCACGCGGCGGCCAAUCAGCCAGAGAUGCUGAAGAGGCCCGCGCGCGGCAGGCAUGGAACGAGGGCUCGGUGCUGGAGAUAUUCUCCUCCACCUCUGGGUGCUGGUACGUGGCCCGGCUUGUGGAGGUGCGGACGGAGGGCUCCCAGGAUGUGCUCACGGCACGCUUCUACAUCGAGGACGAGCCGAAGCAGAAGUCGCUGUACAGGCACGAUUCGCAGCUGGCGCCACUCGGGGCGCACACUGACGGCGAGCUGCCCCCGGGCUUCACGGUGAGGCCCUCUCAGUCGCGCCCUGGCCAGCUGGUCUACCUGGACGCCACGACCGGCACCAAGUACGCCUCCGCAGACCUGGCCUGGUGCGUCCACUUCGACCGCAUGAUGCAGCAGCCAGCCGCGGGGCUCCAGACGGUCUGCGCCAUCCCGAAGCAGAGGCCUGCUGGCCCCGGGUCCGCGCUGACGCCAGCGCGCGCGGGGGCGUCGCCCUUGAGCGCGGGCGUGUCCGACAGCAGCCCGUCGAGCUCGCGGGCCAUCUCGGUGGCGGAGCUGCGCGCGAGAGGGCCAGGGGCAGGGGCGUCGCCCUCUGGGCCGGCGGUGCUGGCCAUGGCGGAGGAGGCACCCAGCGGCCCGAAGGUCGCCUUGCCCGCUUUCGGCGGCGCCUCCGACAGCCAGUCCGCCUACCUCGGCUACGUGGGCGCGCUGGGCCUGAAGGACGCCGCGGCGACGCCGGCGUCGGAGAGGCCCCGGCCGGCCUGGCAGCCCCCGCGGGCGCACUACAGCCCCACGAUGAAGGCCCCGGGCCUGGAGCGCACAGGCGCCUCGACCGGGGAGCGGGACAGCGCGCUGGUGGCACUAAGCCGCCUGCGCGGCGCGGUCGCAAACGCACUGACGGAGCUGCUGGGGCAGCUGCCAGGCGAGCACGCCGGCAGCGAGCUGCUCGACGAGGUGGCGUCGGCCGCGGGCGCGCAGGACCGCGGGGCGGAGGCCCAGCUGUCGCAGCUCGCGAGCGCCACGCGGCUCCUGUGCGCCUACGUCCGGGAGCUGCGAGGCCACGCCGGCGUGGCCGGCAUGCUGCUGCGCCACGCCCCGCUGCGCUCCGCGGCGCCGUCGCCCGCGCCGGGCUCGCCCCGGUCCCUGGCGAGUUCGCAGCCACUCCCGUGCCGCGCGCCGCCGGACGGCGGCCUGUCGCGGCAGCUGGAGGCGAUGGCAGUCACGCGAGACGCGGGCUUCGAGACGGAUAUUACCGCUGCGGUCGAGGCAACGGAGAAGAAGGCUACGGAGACACGCCCGCCUACUGUUCUGGCGGCCCGCUGGAAGUGCGAGGGUUUCCAAAAUAGUAUCAGUAAGCUUGAGGAGCGUUCGCAGGAGAUCCUUCGCCAGAGGGCCCCAAGUAAGGAACUCGCCGACAUCCAAGAGUCCACGGACAGCCUGCGCCAAGACCUCGCCACGGCUGAGGAGACGUUGUGCAAGGCGCAGGCCUCGGAGUCAUCCGACUCGAUCAAGGUCGUGUGUGCAGGGUUGCCGCCAGGUGUAGUGGAGUGCCAGGAGUGCAGGGACGCGCUCGCUGCCUCCCAGCGUCUCGCCGCAGCGGCGGCAACCGAGAAGAAGGGCGGCACGGCCGGCGGGCCCGCGGCGGGCCCGACGAUCCGAUGGGAGGAGCAGGAGCGGCAGGGUGAGUACUUGCACCAGCAAGCCCGCAGCCUGAUCAUCGGCCCUCUCGCGUUCCAGCGGGGUCUCCAGAGCCCCGGGCCUCCCUCCGUCCCGACGGGGACCCGCGCUGCCGCGGAGGCUCAAGAGCAGGUUUUUGCGCGCGCAGAGUCGGCACUCGCACCGCCGGCAGACUGCAGCAUGUUGGGCCUAGCCGACAUCAUCCAAGCACCCGCGGCCGCCCGCGGCCGGUGCGCCGAGAGCCUGCAGUUCCAGGCCAGCCUCUGUCUGAAUGCCAGAGCGUCAGCGCCGGUCCACGCCGAGGGCCUGAAGUUCCAGGCCAAGAAGGCCCUCGCUGACAAGCGGGGUCCUGCAUCCGCAUACCACUCGCAUGCCUCGGCCAUGGGCGCCCCCGACGGUUCGCGGGGCGCCUCCCAGUGGGCAGAUCAGAAGGAGCUGGAGCUGCCGCAGGCGACGAAGGUGCCCGAGCCGGGCCACCGGGAGCCCCGCGUGCUCUGCCGCGCCGCCGAGCAGCGCUUCCAGGACGACUCGGGCAAGCGGAGCUUCAAGUUUUUCCUGGCCUACAUAGGGGUGCAGAUCCUGUACCUCGGCCUCUACUUCGCGGCCGCCCAGAACAGCACGCUCAACUACGUGCCGCUGCUGGCGGACUCCGUGAUGCUGGCGCUCCAUUGCUGCGUGGUCCUGGUCAAGCUGAACCAGCACCUCACGGAGUCCCGGAAGUACAGCGCCGAGUCCAAGUACAUUCAGCAGAUGGAGCAGCGCCUCAAGGCUGCAGAGGCGGAGCUUCGCAAAGUCAAGAGUGGCAACAGUGACAAGUCGCAAGAAGAAGCUGCUGCUGCUCAAGAUCCAGCUCAGGCUAAGCGUGCCAACGUUCUCAAGCAGAUCGAGGUGUAUGAGAAUGUCGUCAGGGACACUGCCGAGUUCGGCGGUGCCGUGCACGACGCGAACAAGGCUGCGCUCGAAGACCUUCGGGCUCAGGCCAGGGCGCUGCGGCCCCCUGCCACAGCGCACAAGACGGCGAUGCAGAAGCUUGAGAAGUCCAAGCAGCAGCUCGUCAGGCAGCAGAGCGAGCUGGAAGAGUUGCAGCGCAAACUGGCGCAGCUACAACAAGACAUUUCAGGUAAAGAGAGCGCAAUCAUCGCCAAGACGUCCGAGGUCAAAAUUCUGCAGCAGGAGGUCGCCGAGAGUGCGGCCAAGCUCAACCCGCAGCAGCCCCCGACCAACGUCAAGGAUGAGGCGUUCGACGAAGAUACGUUCAAGCUGGAUACGGAGAGCGAAGAGGUCAAAGCCGUGCCAGAGCUCGUUGAAUUCUAUGCCAAGCUCUCGGCCGAUCCCGUGUUUGCCAAGUACCAGCAAUUCAUUCGAGAGAAGUACAAGAAGAAGGAUGUGCCCAUGCCGCAGGCGGAGCAGCAGCAACCUCCACCUGCAGCAGGCACGGACGCCAGCAACAAGCGUGGCACCGAAGAUGAGCUCAACUUUCAGGAAGCUCAAGAAUUGUGGAACGACUUGCAGAGUAUUGCAGCCCAAGGCGACGAGGCCACCAAGCUGCUCGAACUCAUCAACAAGCUCCACAAAGCCAAGAGGACUACUCCUGAGAGCGCUCUGCAGUUGCAUUUGAUUGAGACCUUCAACGCCAACCAGGGUCGCAACACUUUAAAGAAGCGAGUCAAAGCAAGCAAGGCGAAGAUCAUCUUGGCUCAAGAGAUCGGAUACUUCGCCCAUGAUGUGGAGGAGCUCUACAGCUUCGCCGCCAAGAUGGGUUGGUCAGUCAUCGCGCUGCCAGGAGCUCCCGCAGCAGGACACCUUCCCACGGCAGGCGUCGCAGUAUUUGCUCGCAAUGGUAUUGGUCUGCGCUGGUCACCUGCAUCUAAUACGUCGGAGAUAGUUGCACAUAGAGCGCAGCACAUUCAAGUGGAUGUACCAGGCUGGCCGACCCUGAGUAUAUUCAACAUCUACCUCUACACGCGUGAGGGCAUGACAGUCAGGAGUGCGACCAUUCUUGCCAAAGUUGGAGAAGAGAUGGCGGGGCUCACCCAUCCAGCGCUCAUUGGAGGCGACUGGAACAUGAGUACAGAUAUCGUUGAGGAGUCGACCUUUCCGCUACAUGCGCAUGUGGAGCUCACAGCGCCGAAAGAGGUCACCUGUCGCACUCCAGCUUCGUCAUCCACGAUCGACUACUUCGCGCUGAGUGAGGCCGCUAUGUUACUUUUUCGAACCGUCACGGUGGACGCCGAGUGGCACAUCAAGCCGCAUAGGCCGGUUCACCUGCACAUGGCGGCAGUUGGCAAGUCCUUGCAAGUCAUGACCUACGGCGCGGCGCCGAAGUUGACACCGGUUGAUCCCGAAGGCCCUCGCUUGCCAGAAGAUCCCUGGACUUUGACAGCUAGGUAUGCUGAUGAGGCGUUGGUUCUAGCUAAAGAAGCACGGCCAGAUGCAGCGCGGGGUCUUCUAACGUUGGCAUGGGGUCAGUUCGCCGAGCAAGCAGCCCGUCGCAUUGCUCAUAUUACUGGCUCAGAGGUUAAAGAUUACGGCGCUUACUCCAAAUUCCUUCAGCCAAGAUGGGUUGACAUCCACUACGAGCUGAAGGACAUCCCUGGAAUCCAAGCGCGUGCAGAUGGAUGGAAAUGGCUUUCUGAUAUGAUGGCAACAAUCGCUCAACUGCGUGAAAGCCGUCAGCCCGAGGAGAUUAACAAGAUGCAGGACGAUAUUAUCUUUCUGCACAAGCACGUCGAGUCGUCAGCAGUCACUUUCACGCAGAUGCCAUACGUGAGUUGCAAGACGAGCGGCAAGAUUAUGUUGAUCAAGCCUUUCAGGAAGCCGACAGAGACAUAUUACGAGAACAUCGAGUUGAAGCAGCUGCGGCAGAAGUUUAUUCGCUUCGUAGCGGCGGCGGCAUCAGUCAAGCUCACCUACAACACCUGGCGUGCGCCGAGAUUGAUCCGACUGCUGCAGCAUCACGGCAAUCAACCUGGACAUGCAGAGUAUGGUAUUCCUGCUGGCUGCGGGGUGGCUGACAUAGCCAUUAAAGUGCACGCCGUCGAGCAGUAUGAUUAUUAUGUGGCGCUCCAUCCCUUAGUCGACUUCGCCAGCUACAUUGACGACUCGAGCAUGGGAGUCGAAAGUGCAGACCGAUCCUCAGUCAUCUCCCUUGCGGUCGAAGCUGGCAAAGGUUUCUUGGAGACGGCUGCAGCACUGGGGGCCACUAUCAAUGAGAAGUUCGCAGUCCUCGCCAACACGCGUGAACUGGCAGAGGAAGUUGCUACCAAGCUUGGCGUUUCGGCAGACAAGGCAGUCACAACGGCCACCUAUAUUUGCACGGAUCAAGCUGCAGGCAGAGCUCGAAAGGCUCCGAGAACACGAGCGAAGGUGUCCAAGCGCAAGGCCAAGCACCGACAACGACUUCGUAAACUAAGGCGGUAUAAGAGGGCCAUGCCAGAGCUAAAAGAGCAAAGGAUUGGCAAAGUUUUUCGUGCUGGCGCCCGGCCUGCGCUAACUUACGGAGUGGAGACCUUGGGACUUGACAAUGCUGAGUUAUUGCAGCUGCGUCGUGAUUACUGCAGACAGGUGAUUGCAGCCAGAGCCGAAUAUGAGGUGCCAGCAUCUUUUAUCCAAGCAGGAAUUGAUCAUCCAGAUGAGAGAUGCUAUACCCAAGGCUGCUUCACCUACGUGGACAGCGACAUCCCAGAGCUCGAUCCAGGAGUUGAGGUGCACUUAGUCACUCCUGAAGGUGAAGAUAUAGAUGCGGAACCUGAACAAUUAGCUGAGCAACCUGUACAAGGUGACAGGUUAGAAUUCGCAGUUGAUGGAUCAUGCAGCAAGCCUUCUCUUGUCACUCUUCAGAGGGCUGGGUGGGCUGUGGUGCUGACGAACCCUACGGCUGACACGCCAGUUGCAGUCAUGUACGGCGCGGUUUCAAGAGCCAUGCCCCAGUCGUCAGCGAUGGCGGAGUUCCUGAGCAUGGCGUUUGUCGGGCAGAUCGCCGACCGUCCUUCGCCGGUAUAUGUAGAUUUUAUGGCAGUGGCGAAGGCGGCUCUGAAAUCGAAGCAGGAACAGUUGCAGGCCAGGUCAAUGUACUCGUGCGUGCAGUUCUUUGGCCACCAGAUGCGCGGCUAUGAUAACAUCCAGAGCGCCCGCCACGUCAAGGCCCACAAGUCUGGCGAGCAGUACCAGGCGCUCUCGGACGAGGACAGGCGCAUCACUGACGCCAAUAGCAGCGGCCACUCGCUGUUCGUCCAGUUCCAGGCGGGCGCGUGCGUGCCCGUGCUGUCAAGCAGUCAUGUGACAUGCCUUCAGCUCGGGGUUCUCACGCGGGACGAGCCUUCAGCUCGAGGCUCCAAGGCGUAUCGAGCAAUCUCGGAAGUGACGAGCCUUCAGCUCGAGAACCAGAGACAGCGCCAAUGGACGUCGGGAGCGCCGCAGAGGCUGCGACCACGAGUGGCGACGGGUUUCGCCGCGCGCCUGCCGCCCUUCCUGGACGCAGCAGUAUGGUACACACAGAAGACGGGCCUUCAGCCCGUGGAGCUCCGAGCGAGACAACAGAUUGGAGGGGGUCUGCAGCUCGGGAUUCCUCAAGCGGACUGUUUGGCGCCGACGGCGACGCUGCGAGCAGUCAACUCCCUGGCCACCCCUGUAAUCCCGAGGACCCUCGUCAGCCACCAGCCCCCCAGUUGGACAGCCGCGGGCGGGGCGAGCCUUCAGCUCGGGAUUCACGUGCGGGACGAGCCUUCAGCUCGAGGCUCCAAGGCGUAUCGGGCAACCUCAGAAGUGACGAGCCUUCAGCUCGAGAUCCAGAGACAGCGCCAAUGGACGCCGAGAGCGCCGCAGAGGCUGUGA